AUGGCGCAGGAGCCCGCGUCGCCGGUGUCGCUCCUGCUCUCGCGCCUGGGCAUGACCCGGGACGACCUGAGCCGGCACUCUGACCAGAUGCGCCAGUACCUCGCGUCUGAGAACUCGAUGCAGCCUCCGGCUACGCCCGCCGCCCACCCGAACACCGCCACGCGCGGUGCCAAGCGGCCCCGCCCCGACGACGACGACUCGAACCCACCACAAGCUGGCUCUUCCACAAGCGCCCACCGGCCCGCCCCGCCCCGCGACGACGCACUACCGCUACCGUUAACACCCGCAAGCGCGCGUCAUUACCGCGCGAACGUCUACGACCAACUGGCCGGCACGUCCCGCGCGUACGGCGCCCCGGGUCCCUCGCCCGCCACAUCCACCGCCGGAUCCGCAUCGGCAUCUUCCGCGCGCCGGCCCCUCGUAUUCGCUUCUUCCAGCUCGCCAUAUUACCGGCCCUCGCCCCAGCACUCGACGCCCGGCUCGUCCCCCGCUCCCCCGCCGCCCUCCAGCUCGCCGUAUAUCCCCACCACUACUAGGGGAGGACAUCAUUUGCCGCCCCCGCCGCCGCAACCGGCUCCGUUGCCUUUUGUGCUGCCGCCGGGACCGUAUAGCCCGCAUAAACCUGACGCGCCGUAUGCUGCGUUGAUUGGGCGGGCGAUCUUGGCGUCCCCCUCGCAUCGGUUGACGUUGCAGGAGAUAUACGACUUUAUAACGACCGUGUAUCCCUACUUCACGCGCCACGAACAGACAUGGCAGAACUCCAUUCGCCACGUUCUUUCCACCACCGUCGUGUUCAGGAAAGUGCAGCGCGAACGCGCGGCGGGCCGCACGCUGUGGGCGAUCUGGGACGAGGAUGUGGACGCGUUUGAAGGGGGCGGGUUCAGGAAGGAGAGGGUCAGGGAGAUGAGGGAGCAGAUGGCGAAGAAGGGCGCGGGGAAGAAGAAGGAUGGGGCUGUCAAGACUGAGGUCAAGGAGAGCAAACAGCCGAGCUUCAGAGCGCCCGCUGUGAAAGUGACGCCGAACUCUGCAUCCGGACGCAGGACGAAACGGGCGAGGAGGGACGAGCCCGAAGACGAUGUGGCGGGGUCUUCGCGUGCGCCGAGUAUCGCGGCGACGGACUAUUCGGGCCGAUACGUCCCGCCUUCGUCGUCGUAUGCCCAAUCGUACUACGGAUCGUCUCGUGCGCCGAGCGUCGCGACGACCGACUACGAUCUACCGCCGCCUUCGUCCGUCUACGCUUCAUCGGAGUACAGCCGCGUUCCACCUUCGUCGGCAUCGUUCGCCGAAACUAGGAGCUCGAGGUACCCGAGCGAGGCCGUUAGCGAACACGAUGCGUACCUGGCUAGUCGCGCGGCGUAUGAGGCACGGUUCCGCGAUGAUGACGACGACGAAGAGCCCACUGCUGCUGCUGCGGAGGCACAAGAGGAUGUUCAGAUGGGUGUGCCGCUCGAUCAACUUCGUGCAGCCGUCGUCAAAGUCGAAGAGCCAGAGGCGGACGAUGCGUUUGCUGCCCAGCGCCGGGCCUACGAGGCUCGCUUCCAGGACGAAGAAGCCGAGCCAGAACCCACACUUGAGCAUGAGCCCGCCUCGAUCGAGGUCGAAGACCCAGCAGCAGCCAGCCGUGCAGCAUACGAAGCCCGCUUCGCUGAUGAUGACGAUGAGGAGCAAGAACAACCCGCGGACCUGCCAGAGCCUCCUCAGCGCAAUAUCUCACCUUCACCCGCACCUUCACGUAUCGAGAUCGAGUAUGCCGGUCGUCCGGGACAUCUGAGCGACGAUCCGGAUGACUACUUGUCGUAUCCUGAAGAAGACGAUGAAAGCCCAGGGAAGGCUGGUGAAGAGGAUAGCUCGCCGCCGUCAUUGGUUCAACCUGGCAGCUCGGUCUCUGCCAGUAGCCUAGGCGUUUCCACGCCGCCGAGUGCUGCGGGGUCGUCCUCGGCUAUAUCGGUGACCGUUGGAGAGUCGGCGCUCAGGUACAACCUUCGUGGAGGGAAGGGCAAGGCGAGGGAUAAGGAUAGCUUGCCUAGUCCGCCGCGUCCCCUUGAUCAGCAUGCAAGGAAGAGGGCGCGAUACGAUGCGUAUCUGUCUAGUCCGCAGGGCCCAAAGGCGGUCGAGAGCUUUGAUGUGGAUAUGGAUACGGAUGAUGAGAUGGAGGAAGAGCAGGAGGAAGAGAUGCAGAGUAGGCGAGGGAGGGGACGGGCGAAGGCUAGGGCGAAGACGAAGGCUAAGCCGAAGGUCGCUCAGCAACAAACGAAAGCUAUACCAGCCCCACCAGCCCCUCGCGCCCCCGAAUCACCAACACUUCAACGCGGACGUGCGACCGCCCGUCCGCUCACCCGGCGCUUCAGCACCCCGCCUCGCGCUCGCACCGCCUCACCAUCACCACCGCCCACUCACACCGGUCUACCAACGAAGAGCAAGUCCUUCGCUGCACCUUCUACAAUGCUUGCCACACCCUCGACACCCCAAGCAACAGCACCAAGCGGCGGCAGUCUCCCACACCCGCCAGCCUUCUCCGCCCGUAAUCACGCGACACCCGGCCGCGUCCCGCUUUACCCUCGUCCAUCGUCAGCAUUCGCGCGCACGCCUGGCUCGCUCUCGCGUACAUUCGGACAAAACAGCACGUCCUCCUCCGGCGACGAGAAAGAUGUAGAUGGGGCGGAUACGGAUAGAGUCCCCGUGCGCUUCAGCACUCCGCCGCCUCUAUCGCGCACGCAACACGCCGUGAGCGCCGAGCGUACACCGCUCAGCUACGAGGGCGUGCAUAUGUCCCCGAGCCCGAGUCUUGCGCAUUUUAAGACGCAUCUUUUCCCGCCGCCAAGUUUCCCGUCUGCUACGCCCUCCGGAUCCGGCUCUACGACGAACGCGAAUGCGAAUGCGGCCGCUAGUACGUUUGCGGGUCCGCAGAAGACGCCGAGCAGGACUAAGGGUGAUAAAGACAAAGACAAAGAUUCUAAGGUGUCUGGUCCUGGGGUGGGAGUCUUCGCUACGCCCCUCACACCCCGCCGCCUCGCCUUCCCCGGCACAGCCCAGUCUCCCUUCCGCACGCCUGGCCUCUUCAACGCGCUCUUCGACCCGCACGAUCCCGGUGCGGCGCUGGAUGAGGAGUUGAAGAGGAUGGACGCGAGGGCGGGGGCGCUUGAGGGGGAGGGGACGCCGUCGGGCGGGAUGGGGUUCGCGAGGGGCAUGCUUUAUGCGAGUCCGAUUGGGGGGUAUGGGUAUGGGGAGCGGGAGAGUCCUGCGGGGGGGAGGUGGGGGAGGUAUGGUUGA